UAUCUUUUGGUGGUGUCAGCUGACGAGUGACGUGCCCAAACCCCAAACUUGCCACAAACAAACGUCAAAGUUGAUUCAUGUCUUUUAUAGGUUAGGUUUUUAAAUGUUUAUAAAAUACAUAAUACGCAUAAAAAUUUAAAAUAUGUGGUCGUUUUUCUCGCGUGACCCUUCUAAGGACUUCAAUUUUGAAAUUGGAGAGUUGGUAUCCAGUUUGAUCGACAAAAGUGUAUGGAAUCUUCACAAAGGAAAGAAAAAGGGCUCCAACGAAGAGGUUUCAGUGUUCGUAUUUGAUCUAAAGAGCAAUACAGAAGCUGAUUUGGACAUAGCAAAAUCAGCUGUGAAAAGGUUGAAGACUCUUCGACAUCCCAGUGUUCUCACCUACAUAGAUAGCUUGGAAUCUGACAAAGUUUUAUAUCUAGCAACAGAGUAUGUAGAUCCUUUGAAAGAUCAUCUGGAAAAAUUGCCACUAGAGGGGCCCCAAAGGGAUCUGUAUAUAGCUUGGGGUAUAUUUCAAAUAACGAGGGCACUAUCGUUUCUUAAUAAUGAUGGGAAUUUACGCCAUAAUAAUGUGAAUAUUUGGUCAGUGUUUGUAAAUUCCUCAGGAGAAUGGAAAUUGGGAGGAGUAGAGUACGUUACGUCAACUCAAGAUGGAUUUUCCCUCAAGGUGGUACCUGCACUUGAAGUGUAUACCUCACCAGAGAGAAAUGAUCCAAGUAAAAUGCGCUCCAUUACAAAGUGUUCUACAGAUAUGUGGGGCUUGGGAUGCCUUAUAUGGGAAGUAUUUAAUGGACCCUUGUAUCAGCAAAGUUCGUUGAAGAAUACAGAUAAGAUACCAAAACAGUUGGUUGCUCUGUACUGCGAGUUGGUGGGUUCAAAUCCCGCUUCCAGACCAAAUCCAGCUGACAUAAUCACCCGAUGUCGCAAACUAGGUGGCUACUUCAAAAAUGAUCUUGUCGACACCCUACUUUUCUUAGAGGAGAUUCAAAUAAAAGACAAAAAUGAGAAGAACAGGUUCUUUUCGAAUCUCACCCCUCAUUUAGACAAUUUUCCCGAUAAUGUGUGCAAACAUAAAAUUUUGCCGCAGUUGAUCACCGCUUUCGAGUACGGAGACGCUGGAUCGGCUGUUUUGGCACCCAUGUUCAAGCUUGGAAGAUUACUGGAUGAGACGGAGUACCAGAAAAAAAUCGUUCCAUGUGUUGUUAAGCUGUUCGGCAGUAACGACAGAGCUACGAGGUCUAGGUUACUACAGCAAUUGGAAUACUUCAUAGGCCAUUUGCAAGCCGGUACAGUGAAUGACCAAAUCUUUCCACAAAUUGCUCAUGGGUUCAUGGAUACCAAUCCAACUAUCAGAGAACAGACUGUUAAAUCUGUGAUACACUUAGCUCCUAAGUUAAACUAUAAUAAUCUGAACGUGGAAGUGCUGAGGCAUUUCGCCCGUUUACAAUCCAAGGACGAUCAGGGUGGUAUAAGGACGAAUACGACGGUGUGCCUUGGAAAGAUAGCUCAACAUUUACAUCCGCAAAUCAGACAAAAAGUAUUAAUAUCUGCAUUCGUCAGAGCGAUGAGAGACCCAUUCCCUCCAGCUAGAAAUGCAGGUGUGCUGGCUAUGGCUGCCACACAACAGUAUUAUCUACUGUCAGAGGUUUCUUCGAGGAUCCUCCCUGCAUUGUGUCAAUUAACCAUGGAUCCAGAGAAAUCAGUAAGAGAUUCCGUAUUUCGAACCAUUAAGGGUUUUUUAGGAAAACUAGAAAAGGUUUCAGAAGAUCCUAGCUUGAGGGAAAGUAUGGAGGCCGAUGUAAAUACAGCAACACCUAGCUUAAGUAAUGCCGCCGCAACGUGGGCUGGAUGGGCAGUUACAGCUGUUACAGCUAAAUUUUAUAGAAGUCAGUCGGACACUGUCAAAUCUGUGAAUCCAGUAGCUAGUAAAAUUCUAAGUAAGCCAGGAUCAUUAGAGCAACCAUCUAGUAGUAGUUUAUCAACGACGACUUCCAGUGUCACUUCGAUGACGUCAUUGGAACACGAAGACGGCAGUCGGGGCAAUGAAUCUGUAUCAGAUUACGACUAUAACAAUUGGGAGGAUAAUGAAAACUGGGGUGACAUGGAGACUGGUGGUCAGAUGCAAAGUAGCAGUGGAAGUGGUUGUGCUACCGGAACAAGUGACCCCACUAGUCCUCCAUCAGGAUCUGCAGCAAAGGUAACAGAAGGUUGGGAUAAUGAGGAAUGGGGAAGUUUGGAUGAGGAAGCGGAGGCUGAAGGGGAUCUCACUUCUCCUUCUGAAGCAUGGAGCCCCAGUGACACCGCACCCAUUCUCCCUAAUCAGAAAAAUAACCUGCCGAUAAGAAAUAGGAGCCCACAAUCCCAUUGGGAAGAUAGUAAAAUAGAGAAUAAUGAUGAUCACGCUAGUCACAAUAAUGCAAAAUUGGAGGAGGCUAAGAAAAAAAGAGAAGAAAGGAAAUUGAUGAGACAGAAAGAACUAGAAGCGAAACGCGCUACUAGAGUUAUAGGCGGUGGGCCCAUGAAAUUAGGGGCCAAAAAAAUAUAAAAUACAUUUUGGUCAGAUUUUUACUCUUAUGAAAGGUAAGUGCAUUAAUUUACUGUCACCCGGAUCUGGUAAUUACUUCCUAUACAUCACGAAGUCAUUAUGAUCGUUCACGACUAGUUUCAAAGCACAAUAUGUGUUAUAUAUUCAUGAGUAUUGAUCUUGACCAGAUUAUUAAAUUGCCACUUUCAUUUUUGUAGCAGAAACCGGGCCUAAAGAUUCCCAAUACGCUAAAUCAGCAAUCAAAAAUUCAGCCAGUACAUUUUUCAUUUUGCAAAUAAGUUAUAGUCAUUUUUGUAAAUAUUUUAAUGCUUUUGUUUUUCUAUGCUAAUAUACAUACAUAUUAUUUUCUACUAGGCGACCAAUGGGCGCAUUUAUAUACAUAAUAAUGUCUACAAAAUGUUUACUGUAUUUUGAUUAUUAUGAUUCAUAUACAAUUUUGGUUGAAGACUUCUAUCACCUAGCGCUACUGGCUAAGGCUACCGUAUGAUCACUUACUGAAUUAGAAUUUAACAUGAUAAGCCAUUAUGUGAUCGUGAUCGUUUGUCUCUGAUAAACGCCACAUAUAGUCUUGAAAAGUUGAUCAUACAUAAUUUGUGUUCAUCACCAUAUGCAAAAUUAUCAUUCGUUCAUAAUAAUAAAUUGCAGCACUAUUUAAAGAAAACUUACGAACAAUAUCUAAGGUACCGAUAUCAUAAAGUGUGCCUGGAGUAAGUCUCAGUAUCAUUGCAUGUAUUCGCACCAGAAGUCUUCAUAUAACUUCAAAACUUAAAAUAAAAUUAGUCGUAUUGAAAUGACUAAAAAUUGUCGGAUUAUACUUUUAUAUGGAAGUUCUUAUCAACAUAAUGCGAAAGCAUUAUCAGAGUAUAUAGCCUGCUACAGCUGCUGCUGCUUGAACCAGAUUAGUGAUUUUAUUAUUACAGAUAUGAUUACAUGAUAAUGCGUUUAGCAUACAAAAACCGUGCGUAACGAUAAAUGACAUAUUGGAUAUGCUUCCAUAUGGUCUACUCCUUAUUUUCAGUUCUUAUAAUUAAUUUUUGAACACUAAAUAAGAAAAUACGUAACCAUAGAGCAGGACGAUGGUACUGUCAGCCAAUUCGAUUUUGCUAUAUUUGCAUUUCUGUACAUAUUUUAAAGAGCUUUCCCGAUUCUUGAAUCAUAAAUAAAUAUAUAUUGACUUAACAAAAGAGUGUCUGUUUAACUAAUUAAUAUCUCAAUUUAGCUAAUUUCAUGAGAUUUGUGUGUGACUUUCAAAUAUCCGAUUAAAGGGGUUUUAAUGUUCGUGUGACCUUUUUCAUGCAGAGAAAUGUUUAGUGGUGGAUGUGUAUCUAUUAAGCUGCAAGUAUGUACUCGUUAAUUUUGAAAACGAAAAAUAUCCAAUAUACAAUAUAUUUGUUCAUCUCAAUUUUUCUCAAAACUCAAAACUUACAAAAAAUAAUCUUUAGCAAUUUACUCAAUGUUCCCAUCACUGAUUAAACAGUUUUCAGAUUACGUUUUUCAUAUUUUGACAUAAAUUCUAUGACCAAGGAGGUAGGUAAAGAUCUGUCUUUUUUCGCCCAUAAUUUUUCGUAAAAAUCCAUAGUUUAGAUUUCUUCUAUAUUAUUCUGUUAAGAUUAAGUUCAAGUAUUCUUAUUUACAUCUACGAUAAAUUGAUAAAGUAUAAGACGCGUUGCAUCAAGAAAAAUCUCUCAAACUGGGCAUGUUUAUUAAAUGUUAGCCAUUUUAAGCGUUUUUUACCUUUGAUUUUGGAAUAUUCCCUAUGGACGUAGAUUAAAAUAAUUUUUCAGACUGGCACUGCUUUAUUUUGGUGAGUAGAGCGUCUAAAGAAAAAAUCCUUAACUCUUAUAAUACCUAAAAUUCAAUAAACGUGCUAAGAUCGAAGGUUUUUUUCUGGAUAAUUUCAAUUUUUUUUCAAUACAUUGUAGAUGUACAAAUAAAAAUACUUGAACUUGGAUAAGUAUAAAAAAAUGGCUUAAGUCGAAACUUUGUACGAGUAUGGUGGGCGAAAAUCGCAAUUCUCUUCUGACCUCCUUUUCAAGAUUUAUGAGUAUGCCUUCAUAAUUUACAACGCAUGUUCAGCAAGUGAAAGGUUAAGUGGUACAAUUCUUAGGAAAAACAAAACAUUAUACAAAGAGAUGCAGCAUUACUCAAAUUUCUGGUAAAAUAGUGUUAGAAAAAAAUUUUUAUACUUGUGUCGGGCGUUUAUGUCAGAACCAUUUGGAACUAGUAUCAAUAAAUAUGCCAUGAUAAUGGUAAACACUUAUUAAUAAUGAAACUUGCCUAUGUUUUCUGGAACUCGCUGUGAAUAUUCUUAAAUAAAUACAUGACAUUGAGAUGAUGUAUUAUAUACCACGAAGUUUUGUAUAUUUGUAAACGUUAUUUAGCUUUUAGUUUUUUAUUAUAAGUAUAUGUAUUAUAUUUUUAUAAACAUAAUUUCUCUAAUAUCUGGUGCUACUGGCAUAUAAUCUUAUCAAAACAAUUUAUUGUUCUCAAAGAAGUGGUAACUUGUAUAAAACUGUUUAUAUUUUGAUUUGCUAAUCGUAUGAAUAUAUUUUCUGGAUGGUUGGUGAAAUUGUUGGAAAUAUAUGUUAUUCAGAUGUAGUGGUUUGAUUUAAUAAGCAAUGGCCUAAGAUAUUCAAAGCCGUUGUUGGGCAAAAUAUUGUCGAGUAUUACCACUUUCUUGAUCCAUACUGCUUCGUUUGUAAAUAAGAAAAAUGCGUAACUUGGUGAACGUCCUUCAUUACUUUCUACGACACUGGCGAGAAAGUAUUGUAAUCGCGAUGGACGUUAUGUGACAUGAAUGUAACGAAAAACGAUGUCACUCAUUUCCGUCAGUCUGUCUGUUGGUCUAUUUGUCCGCUAACCCUUGACCAGUCUAUAACUUGGAAAGUACCGCUCGUAUUUUGAUGAAAUUUUUACACAAGUUACUACUAUGCCAAGGAAGAACAAGCUUUGCAGUUUGUGAAAAUCGAUACAGUGGCGACGGAGCUUGAGGCCAAAAACGAAAAAAAUAAAAAUCACUCAAACUUCAUUCUUUCACGUUUCAGGGCUUCCAGACCAUUUUGAGAAAAAAUUGUAGGGAUGGGAGUUGUGAAUGUUGCAUCUUUGGUAUCAGUGAAAGACGUUCCAUCGUUGAAAAGCUUCUGCCUCCGGUAGUAACAACAUUUAUAUGACAAAAAUCCGAUGAUUGUGCUCACAAUUCCAAAUAAUACCUGCAAUCGUAGGAUAUACGAUCCUUUGACGCUCUGACCGACGCGAUAACAGCGUCCAUGAUGGUGUCGCGUCGGCCUUCCAGGGCAGUAGUUAGGUGCAGGGGAGGACGCGUGGAAGGUGGACCGAGGUUGACGAGGAGGGGAGGAGAGGAAGAAUGAGUACGUAUGUUUAUAAUCGGGAAGUAUUUGAGGCUUAGGAGUCGAUAUAGAUUGGUAUAUACGUAUUUCCGUGAAUAAGAAAAGAACUCUCAGGGGCGUAAAACAAGACGGAAAUGCCAACAAGUAGAUUGACUCAGUACUUCUCUUCUCGUUCAUGCAAAUACAACUAUUUUCAAACUUGAAUGUACAACAUUAAUAUGGUUAUAGUUUUUGAUGACUCGUGUAUGUCACGAUUCAAAUAUUUAAGCGAUUAUAAUCCUGUAAAACGGCGAAAAACAGUAGUUUUUGAAAACCUUAAGUCCAAAACGAAUUUUUUUCAUAAUGACCAAAAGUAGCUGAUACUUGAGAAACGUAGUUUGUAAACGGUUCGAUGCCAUGGUGUUUUCUGCUGAUUCUUCCUCCGCCUAAGAGAUAUCAUUAGCUGCUGCGGUGCCACAACAUAAUGAUCCGAAAAUUUCAUUAAAACAGGUGCAGGUGUUUAUGAAAUUACGUGGUUACAAGAACACCGACAGACAGACUCAGACUGACAAACCGACGGAAAUGAGUGACAUGGGUUUGUGUUCUGCAGAUAUCUGAAGUUUGAAUAUUUUUGCGAUUUUAAUACUUUCGACGUUUAUGGUGUCAAGUAAAUUGACUUUUACCUCCCAUGCAUUCUUAUGAGUUGACUACACGUAGCGUGUAGUGGCGAGAGACAUGGAUGCUAUUGGGCCGAGGGAGUGGUUAGGUCUUUCUGUCUGUGUCUUAAUCUUAAUCUUAAUAUUUUGACACGAUGUGAUUACUAUGUGAAAAAGUAGGAAGUAGUAAUAUUUGAAAAUUGACUCAGUGGCGGCGGAGCCACAUUGAAAAAAUCGGUGAAACAUGGUGCUUCAAAGUUUCAGAAUUUCCUGCUCAUUUUCUGAAAGUUUUUAAAGAUUUUAAAUUGUUGCAUGUUUGCUAUUAGUGAAAGAUCUUCUCUUAUCAGGAAGCUGCUAAUCCUGCUAAUACUAAGCACUUGUUAGAUAUAAUAAUCACACAGAAAUAUGAUAUUUAUUUUACACAGAGAUGUAUAGAGAUAUAUCGGACUUAAGUGAAUAUUCCUAAUUAAGGUCUCGAUUCCGUCUUUUGAAUGAGCCAGGCUUACUUUGAAAUUCCCAAAUUUCAAAUAAAAGGCUUCCCACUAUAGUCAGUUUACUUGACGCCAUUUUUUUAUUUUUUUAUGUAUGCACAGUUAGUUUGGAGUAUCAACACACUAUUAAUCGUUCAUCAGUAAUACUGCUAACUACCGUACCAGCCCAUUAUUUUCUAGAAUUAUCUAUUGAUACUUCAAAACAACUGUACAAGUGUGGUUGGUGAUGUUAGCGUUUGACUUGCAUGAACUAUAUCACAACUCCUGUACUUUUUAUAUUUCAUUGUCCUUCAAUCACUGUGUACGAUUAUUAAAUUGUCUAUAUUUAAACUGUUUCAUAGAUGUAGUUCGCGCAGGGCAAAUGUACAGAUGUUAACGAACUCUGGAUGUUUGUGUCUCAAUGAAAAAUACUACUUUUACCUGUGUCUGUAUGUGAUUUCAUAUAUUUAAUUAUGUGAUAUGUAUAAUACCUUUUUCUUAUUGGCGUCUUGGCUAUGUCUGUGAAUGACGCGUAAUAUAUCUUCAUACAAUCAAAAAA